AUGGCGGUGGCCGGUGGCGGCGGCGGCGCUUCGCGCUCCCCGGAGCGGGCGGCGGCGGCGCGGCGGCACGACCCGCUGUCGCGCUUCACGUGCCCCGUGUGCCUGGAGGUGUACGAGAGCCCGGUGCGCGUGCCCUGCGGACAUGUGUUUUGCACUCCGUGCCUGCAGGAGUGCCUGAAGCCGAAAAAGCCUGUUUGCGGCGUCUGCCGCAGUACCCUGUCUCCUGGUAGCAGAGCUCUGGAUCUGGAGAAGCAAAUUGAAAUGACGGAAACCACUUGCAAUGGCUGCAAUAAAAAGAUGUAUCUCUCAAAGAUGCGUAGCCACGCAGCUUCUUGUUCAAAGUACCAGAAUUAUAUAAUGGAAGGUGUAAAAGCUGUAACUAAAGAACCACUUCACAACACCAGGAACUUUCCAAAUCGCUUUACCUUUCCUUGCCCAUACUGCAGUGAGAAAAACUUUGAUCAAGAAGGACUAGUUGAACACUGCAAAACUCUGCAUAGCAUGGAUGCAAAACAAGUGGUCUGCCCGAUUUGUGCCUCAAUGCCAUGGGGAGAUCCGAAUUACAGGAGUGCUAACUUCAUGGAGCACCUUCAAAGGCGACAUCGCUUUUCGUAUGAUACUUUUGUGGAUUAUGAUGCUGAUGAAGAUGAUAUGAUGGCACAGGUUUUGAUCCGUUCUUUGCGUGAUAAAUGAACCAACUAGAAGAUUAACUGUAAAACCAAGCUUCCAUAAGGGGGGAAAUGCCCAGCUUCCUUGCAUUUCUCCCUUUACAUCCCAAGAUGAACUCAGGCAUCCAGAAAUAUGGAAGACUCUUUAAUAUCCAUCUCUCGGUUUCAAAUCCUGGUUUGGUCUUUCUGUAUCAUUUGGUCUCUUGUUAGCAUGUUGUAUGCUGUUUAACCAUGUCAGCCUAAUUUUCUUACAAGCUUCACACAAAGCUUAGUGAUAGGUCGACAUGAAAGAGACAUCUGUUUUUUUUUCUAUGCUUCUUUUUCUGCAGUUGUGUUCAUUUGACUCUCUUUAAAAGCAAAAACAUUCCAGAAGGAAUGGCCUGAGCUAGUAGGUAAAUAACUCUCCCCAGUCUCAUUCACAUUUCUUAAAUGAUAGUGUCAGGUAUAUUCACAGCUCUGUGUUCAUUCAGUAAGAGCUCUAGGUGUUAACUGUAAUUGUCAGAUCAGUUCCCAUUUAAAGUGGCCUAUGAUAACUGUGACUUCAUAAUAUUUACCAGUGUUUGAAUUCUUAUAGUCAGCCUCUCAACUAUAUGGAAAACAUAUCUUCAGUAUAAGUCUUCGAACUACAAACUUACUUAGCAAAUCUGUGCAACUGUAUACGAGACUAGUUCAAAAUACUUAAGUUCUGUGUCUAUUAUUUUCUUCCACACUCUGAUAAAAAUAGCUUCUAACCUAAAAAAUAGACUUUUAUUAGUCUUAGUUUAAAAAAAAGAUGCAUUUGAAGUAAUAUAUCAAAUACUAAUUCUUUGCUGGCUUUAUGAUUAAUUUAAUGACUUUUGCAUUAGUUUUCUAGCAUUUUAAUUUUAAACUGUAUGUUGACAGAGGAAUUUAGAAGUUUUUUUAAAAAAUACUUCUGCUUCCUAUUAAAACUAAAUACAUGAAUGAAAAUUUCAGUUUUUCCAUCCCUCAGGGCAAGCUAGUUUAAAAAAAAAUAAAAGAAAAUACUUAUAAUCCAUAGUGCUUGCACAGUACUAACUUUCUGCCUUUCAGAUUUUAGCAAGUAUUUUUGAAUUCCUGAACUUCAUUUGGAUGUCCCUGAAUUAAUUGAAGCUGUACUCUAGAUUGUUUUCCAUAUAAUGUAUGUAUAAUAUACAGGUAUAGCUUUCAAACAAAAAUUAAAUAGAAACCAGAAAGCAGGAUGACUGUUCCAAUACAUGGUAAAUGGAUACAUUCCAUUACACACUUUUGUUAUAGAGCUUCCUUCCUUUUCUUAGUUUAGCACUUUGUUAAUUAAAUGAUCAAGAUGCUGAGAUCUAGCCAGCUGAGGCACCUAAUGAGAAUGUGUAAAUCAGCAUAGUAUUGAGAUGGCCAGUCCAAUUUACCGUGGCAUGCUUAAUUAGAGUAGUGAACGUGCACAAACUUGCUACUAAUCAAUUUGGCCAACAAACUUAACUUUGCACUCUGCAGAUGGUAGCAUAGCCUUAUCCUAAAACAGUUAAGUAAUGUAAUAUAAUCCAGCUCAAACCUCUUGAUUAAAUUUUGUGUCCAGCCAGACCUCUAAUGUAUUUUAUUUGAAUUUGUUUUUAGUACGUUUUCACAGACUUGGUACGGACUAGUGUAGACUCAUGCUUAAGUAUACGUUUGUGACUGGAAGCUCAGUCCUAGGGGGGGAAAAAAAGAAAUUUCAUAGUACUGUGGAGAAAGUACUGUAUUUUGGAUUCGGUUAUUUUUAAUGCUUGAUCUGCAAAGAGAUUACAAUGUGUUAGUGGCUGGGUGGGGACUUCUACGUUCUGGCUAGAAGCAAGUUUUGUGAUGCUGAUUGACCUGAAUCUAGAUUUCUGCUACUAUUCUAAGUGCACUUCCAUGAAAUUCUGAUAAAAUAUUUCAGGAGCAGUUAGAAGCUUUCAAGCAAUUACUUUGUCAUGUUUGACUUUUGAGGACAAGUUAUAAAUAAAAUUCAUAUAAUUUAUAAAAUGCUAUCUUCA